AAUGCAUAUCAAAAUAUGGCCAACUCCUCUCUGGUUACUUCCUGGGUGGAGCCAGUGUUCUAUCCCGGCAAGAGCAGUGGGACUUCGUCAUCAUUACUGUGGCGUCGGUCGGUACUCAAUACUACCAUAGUCACGGUCACCAUGUCACUACGUGUAAGGAAUUACAUCCUCAUCGUUGUCUUCCUGUUUGGCCUCGUCUUACUGCUGCAGAAACUCCCCAUUGGAGAGAACUGGAAGUACCACAUAGUGUCAGCACUGGUCCAGAGGCAGUUGUCAAACCUCUCCAGAAGCCACCAAGUCUUUCAGCACAAGGGCGCCUUUCAUUGUCCUCAUCUGGGCCAGCCACAAUCACCUAAAGAAGAGCUGGAAGAACGCAACUUGUUGGACCUCAUCGCCUGGCCCAAGCCGCCCUCUGGCUCCGAAGCACUCGACUUGUCCCAGACAAGUGACCCGCUCCAUAGUCACUUUACAAUUGUCCCUGCCAAAAACUGGUCCGUGGGCGACCAGCUGGAAGUGCAGGUCCAACUGAGGGACUUCAAGGGCCGACCCAAGCGCUACGGCGGCGAUUUGCUGUUGGCCCGGUUGCACUCCCCAAAAGACAGGGCAGGUGUGGCCGGGCAGGUGCUGGACCACAAGAACGGACUUUAUUCCGCUCGAUUCCCGUUGCUGUGGCAGGGCUCGGCUCAGGUUGUUAUCAUGAUGGUCCACUCGAGCGAGGCUGUGGCCGUGCUGCAGAGACUAAGAGAGACAUUGCCCCAUCGGGUGUUCUUUGUCAGCCUCUUUCGCAGAGGCCUUAGCUCUGAGACAACCUCAUGUGAUACAUGCCUGCCGUCAGACCAGGGUCCACUGUGCAACUACACUGACCUUCACUCUGGUGAGCCGUGGUACUGCUUCAAGCCCAAAAACCUCAGCUGUGACACCAGAAUCAACCACGCUAGGGCAGGCUACCUCCAAAACAUCAUUACCGAGAGGGAAUCUUUGCUGUUUCAGAGUGGCGUGAACAUCAAAGUUCCCAUCCGUGCAACUACAACUAACACCAUCACUGUGAUGCCAUCCAUUAAAGAAAGCAGCAGUCAAAAAACGGAUCCCGUGAAGCUGGGGGCGUCCGGGUACUACUACCAGGAUUCGUGGAGGCCAUUCAAUGGCCUCACCAUGCGCCGGUUUGAUAGGGCGUCCAUCACUCGGUGUUUGACCAACAAGUUGAUCUACAUGUACGGCGACUCCACCAUUCGACAGUGGUACGAGUACAUCGUCGGAGUGAUUCCAGAGAUGAAACAAUUUGACCUGCACACCCCCAAAAAAGCGGGGCCCUUAAUGGCGGUGGACAGGACUCACAACAUCGUGCUCAAGUACCGCUGCCACGGCCCACCCAUCAUCUACACCGCCAUCAUGGCCAACGAAUUGCGCUACAUCGCCAACGAACUGGACGGCAUGAUUGGCGGUCCCAACACGGUAGUGGCGCUCAGCGUCUGGGCUCACUUUGGCCCCUUCCCCGUGGAAGUGUACCUACGCCGCCUCCGGCAUAUCCGCAAGGCGGUGGUGCGACUCCUGAACCGGGCGCCGGAAACGGUGAUAGUGAUCCGCACGGCCAACCCUCGGGCACUGGACCGGGACGUCAGCCUGAACCACAGCGACUGGUUUGCACUACAGCUGGAUGUCAUGCUUCGCGCCAUGUUUAAGGGUCUCAACGUUAUGCUGGUGGACGCUUGGCAGAUGUGCGUGGCGCACCACCAACCUCACGACGUGCACCCUCCUGGGGUCAUUGUCAAAAACAUGGUAGACAUGAUGUUGUCCUAUGUUUGUCGUGAUCGGAGCCAGAAGAUAACUUUUUGAAACUCAAAUUAGGUUAAGUGUUAUGGCGACAAUAGGGCCUCACUUAGAAAGUAGCCAUUGGCGGAGUUCGCUACCCUUCACGGUUAGCUGACACUGAGGUGAGAUACUCCAAGAUCCCGCCUUUUCAAUUAAAUUGAAAAUAUUUGAGCCGAAAAACAAGUUUGAACAUCACGAAAAUGAUUCAUUAAAUGCGGGAGAAUCA